GCAAUAAAAUCCGCCCAAUCGAGUAUUGAUGGAAAGAAGGUUUGGAUAAAACGCGAUACCUUUUCAAACACUUCCAGUAAUUACUUACGGUCCUCAAAAGCCGAAGAUUCAGAUUCUGAGGCGCAGGGAAGUAGCGAGUUUGUGGCUACGCUGCGGGUCAAGGAUAUGCAAAGUUCAGCUGAGCGCAGGCUUGUUAGUGGUUUUACACAAGGCAAAAUGAAUUUAAAAGAAGUUAACUUGAUGCAUAACCAUGUCGAAACUAAUGAAAAUGGAGUUCAAGUCGGCCUAAGUCUUAUUCCCAAAGUUGUUAAAGUCGAAUCAAUCCGAAUGGAAAAUCUUGAUGUCGUAAAUGAGAGAGGAGAGGCGGGUAAUACAGAGCAAAUUAGCGUCAGUGCAAUGUUAUGCUCAAGACCAACCCAGUACGACGAAAUUCUGACGGAAUCGAGGGGCGUCACCGUUCUUCCAAUCACAUCAGCUGAAGACAUCCAUAUUGCACAUAAAAAGGAAACGCACUACGCCACCAUUGAAUCACAAAAGGACGUAGGUCAACAGGGCUACUACGCCUGUACCAAUGCAGACAUUGGUAAUUCAUAUUUAGCGAGACCGCAGGCUCGCAUUCGUGUUCAUCACACCGAGUUUUCUGCGGACACUAACGAUCAGACCACUGUCAGUACUUGUGACAUUAAUAGGUCUAAAUUGAAGAUUGAUGGUACAACCCAAGUUGGUGCUACUUUCAUUCCCACUGAGCUAAAAAUGCAGGAGAUGAGGCUUGGUUUUCAACGCAUUCAAAGUCUGUCAAGAUCUAUGAGGACAGAAACGGUUUUGUGCCCUACAGAUAUUGGCAUCAACUCCAUACUCAAUGAAUGCUCUGGUAUCGAAAUAGCUCCGAUUAGGGGCAUUUCCGAACUUUCCAUCCAUUUGGCUCAGGGGCAAUUCUCGGCUGAAGUAUUGCACGAUUCCGGCUCCAACCAGAUGUGUAUUGAAUUAAAAGAGGAAUCCCUCUCCACAUCAAGACAAUUCCCGCCCAAAUUUACUCCACUUGUAGAGCCGACCGUGUACGUCGGGCACGCUCAAAGUACCGCCUCACUGAACCAAAUGACAUAUUCUUCAGACGGAUGCACAAUGAGCUCUAAGCUUGUUCAAGUGGGGACUCUGCUGAUACCAACAGCAGUUACCAUGGAAAAGGUGAAAGUGAAUCAUCUCGAAGUUGAAGUUCCACUGAGUCCCGCCAGAAGCGCUGAAGUAAAUGUAAGCGCAGUUCUCGCGUCUUCCGCCACGGAACUGACGUCAGUCCUAACAAACGAUUCAGGCAUUCACGUUGUUCCCGUGUCUAAAGUUAAUGAGGUUGAGAUCGAUGCGAAUGGAGGAAAUUAUAAAGGGACAAUCAGUGCCUCUGCCUUUAAACGAUCCACAGGAACCUUCCAAACAUCCGCCAGCAUCGCUGAUUCAAGCUCUGCUUGUGCGCCUGGUGUGCAAAAGAUAGUAAUUCCUAUAUCAGCAUCAAAUAUGGUUGGUAGUGCUUCAUCAAGCGUAGAAUAUUUGCUACGGCAGAGCAAAGAUUUGAGUCGAAUUCACGAAGCACUUCAGUCUGUCCAAACCAGACUAAGUCUACGAGAGUCGGACACAAUGUCAGUUCCAUCAUACCGCCGUCCUGGAUUGCUUAGAAUAUCAGAACAAUCAUUUACUCCUGUGAAUGGAUCAGUGAAGAUGCCUUCUAAUCCCUCUGAUGUGGAAUUCAAAGAUACUUCAGCACAACUUGGACCUAGGCUUGUUCCGCAUGCGGUUGAAGUUCGUGAUUCCAAGUUAGGUGAUGGGGAGAGGGUGCUGACUAAUGCUAGAACACCAACACACCAAGAAGUUGAGAUUCGUGGCAUAAUAUGCUCGUCAGCCAUUCCUUAUGAACAGACCUUGGGAGAAUCAAUUGGUGUUAACGCAGAACCCAUCAAAGCAGCCAAAAACAUGAACAUAAAGCCUGACCAAACCAGGCCAUCAAUUCACAGUGAUGCAACCACGCAAGUAGGUGCUAUCGUCAUGCAUCAGCAACAGAGUAUGCAAAAGAUAGGACGCGAGACUGGAAACUUCGGAGUGAAUAGGACCUUGAGUAGAGGCAAGAUCGAAUCCAAUAUUUAUACAACACGUUUGGAAUCUUUCACUGAACUUUGCGAGGGUCCAGGUAUCACGAUAGCUAAUUUUGAUGGUUGUAUUUCUACUCGUAAUAAUACAAUUGAAAACAGUGAUGAUUCCAUUCCUCGUGUGAAUAACCAUACUUCUCCCUAUCCCACCAAUCUAAAGCUUGAAGGGCUCCGUGCGCCAUACUUUGAGAACUCUGAGUCUAACAUUCCAGAGGUGCAUGAAACCUCCAUUUGCCAAAUAAGCAAACGCCUAGUUUCUUCAGCUUCUCAAGUGGGCACUUUGUUGGUCCCAGCAAAGGUGUGCAUGGACAAAAUUGCUGUAGAUCAGUUGGUUGUCGAUGUUCCGCUGACUGAGUGGCGAACGUCAGAUUUGAGCGUUAGUGCAAUCCUGGCCUCAACUGCCACUGAAAUGGUUCCACUAAUUACAGAUACGCCCGGAAUUCAGAUUAUUGAAAUGAAGGAUCUUGACGAGCUAGGAAUUCAGGUUGGAGAUGAAGUUUAUGUUGCCAGUGUUGUGGCACCACCAGUGAAGUACGUAAAUGCAGCCUAUGGCCCUACAAGGGAUUUUGGUGUUGGAACUAAAAGUGCUAAUCGAAAACAGGAAUUCGUUUUCAUCCCUGUUCCAAAGGCAACUGAGGCAGCACAUUUGACGCACAGAGCGGAAAACCUUCUGAAUCAAAGCACUGAACUGCGGAAAGUCCACUCCCUUCUACAGUCUUCUUCUUUUCAACCGCGCAUACGCAUUGCAUCUACAAGCGGUACUUCUAUGCAUUUAGUGGAAAAUGUGGAUGCCCAACAGUCAACUACAUCCAAACCUUCUGAGCGUUCAGUUUAUACUUGCCCGUGUGGACGUCAAUAUGGCCUGACCAACUCAAUUUCUCGUCCAAUAACAGAAUUAUACAACUCCAGUGGCACCUGUGGAAUCAUGGAAGGUACUUCAGGUUCAAAAAUGCAGGAAUCCUACCACGUUGCUUGUGAAGCUACUAUCAAACCCGAUAUGUUUUCAAAACGCCUCACAGCAAACAUUCUCACUUCAUCCAACGAUUCGAGAUCUCGGUUCACCGCUGCUGUUCCCAGCAAAAGCUUUCCUUGUGAUGGAGUUCAAGUGAUGUCAGGAAGG